UCUUCCUGGAUUUUCCCAAUCAUCCACAUCCCACUUGCAUAUUCUACUGCUAGUCUACUCUUAUUUAGUUCAAUCCAAAAGUAAUACUAUCAAGCCAAUUCUAGCCAUGCAAUUAGCCAGUGUCUUAUGUGCAUUUCAACUCUUAUAUUGCUAUGUAAUCUUAGCACAUCCAACUUCACAUCCAAAAACUCUGGAAAAGAGAGAAUUUAAAGGUUUUUCUGGAGAUACUCAACUUCACCACCUUCACAAGAGGAUGGAGGAGGAACCUUCCGAACGCUUAAAACAAAUACAAGAAGGCAUAGCUAUCCAAAAGGCAAGAGAAAAAAAUUGGGAAGACCGUGAGGCUGCUAAGAAAGCAACUCAUAAGGCAAAAUUGAAUGCUGAAUUAAAUAAGUUAGCUGAAAUGCAGAAAGAGGAAAUUGAAAAACUUAGAAAUUCAUGGGGACUCAAUCAAGACUCUUAAAUCUGAAUAAUUUUAUCAAAAUAUUUGGAAAAAUACAAUAAAGAGAUGGAUUUAAAUCCAAAUUCAAAAGUCUGAAAUAUAAUCUCACAUGUAAGAAUUCCACCAUUAGAAAACACUCACUUUUCCAAAAAAAUAAAGGCUUGCAUCAAUGGUCCCCCAAUGUGUUUGAAUGAAGAACCAACAUGUUUUAAAAAUGGUGCAUUUUUUCAAACCGAUUGGAUAAUGGUGGAUUUGGUUAUAUUGAAUGUCCUUUAAUAUGUUCAGAUAUUAGAUUUAUUCAAUUUUACCAGUGCACAAAAUCAAAAUUGGAUAGAAUGUUUUAGAAACUAGAUUUUAUAUAUUCUAGCUAUCAAUUUUGUUUUC